AUAUUUCAUGUGUUGUACGUCGUGUCCGGUGGAGGUCACAGUCAUUGGAGCAGAGUGAGGUUGUUGCUGACAUGGCCAAGCUGUUUGAGUCCAUUGGAAAGUUGGGGCUCGCCCUCGCCAUCGGUGGAGGUGUUGUGAACUCCGCCCUCUUUAAUGUUGAUGCAGGGCAUCAGGCUGUAAUAUUUGACAGAUUCCGUGGUGUACAAGAUGUAGUCGUUGGUGAAGGCACUCACUUCCUCAUUCCUUGGGUUCAGAAGCCCAUCAUCUUUGAUUGUCGAUCCCGUCCACGCAAUGUGCCUGUCAUCACUGGCAGCAAAGAUCUGCAGAAUGUUAACAUCACACUGCGUAUCCUCUUCCGGCCGGUGACGACCCAGCUGCCCCGUAUCUUCACCAGUAUUGGUGAAGAUUACGAUGAGAGGGUGCUACCGUCCAUCACCACAGAGGUCUUAAAGGCUGUUGUCGCUCGGUUUGAUGCAGGGGAGCUCAUCACUCAGAGAGAACUUGUGUCUCGGCAGGUCAGUGAGGACCUUACGGAAAGGGCUUCCACCUUCGGGCUCAUCUUGGAUGACGUAUCACUGACACACUUGACCUUUGGUAAGGAAUUCACAGAGGCUGUUGAGAUGAAGCAGGUGGCCCAGCAGGAGGCUGAGAGAGCCCGUUUUGUUGUAGAAAAGGCCGAGCAACAGAAGCAGGCUACCAUCAUUUCAGCAGAGGGAGAUUCUCAGGCCGCCUUGCUCAUUGCCAACUCCCUGAUGGAUGCCGGUGAUGGUUUGGUGGAGCUUCGUAAGCUGGAGGCCGCAGAAGAUAUCGCCUUUCAGCUCUCACGCUCCCGCAAUGUCACUUACCUGCCGUCAGGACAGGGCACGUUGCUGCAGCUGCCUCAGUGAUAGCAUCCUACUCCCACUUUCCCCAGCUGUGACAUGGGCCAUGGAGGGGCUGGCAUGAAGAUUCAGCUGAUGGUUCUUGCAUCUUCACUUGCAUUCCUCCCACUCUUUCUUAAACUGCCACUGGACUGGGCCCUGCUGUUUGCAGCAUGGUGGGGGAUAGAGUGAGAGGUCUGUGAAUACAUUUAUAGGGUCCACUCUUGUGUAUGGAAGUUGAGGGGAGAAUUACUCCAUCUUCGAUGAUCUAAAUAUAUAGUACUUUGAGAAAGAUCACUAGUGCAGUUAAUUUGAAUUGCAGCUAUGUCACAGAAUGGGAGCAAUGCAUGUGUGGAAAGCAACAUUUUAGCAUAAAGAAAACUGUGAUGUUGUUGUGCUGGAAGGUUUAUUUGUAAUCUCAAACAAAAGGCUCCCUGAUGGUUUCAUUCUUUCACUUUGGUUGGGUUGUUUUUUCUCAAAUAUUGCCAUCUUGUAUGAAUUAGGAUGUACCUAUUGAAAAUUAAAGUGUAUGCUCUGUCAUUAGUUUUCAUUAGUUUUCAUUGGCAUUGUAAGGAAAGCUCCACGGCUCAGAAAUGACUUAAGUUAAUAAAGAUGUAUUUCUACUUCCCAAUGGUUGUUGUAUUCAGUGAAGGAGCAACUGCAGUAUUUUAUCUUUUUCGUGUCGCAUGGAACCGGAUAAGUAUCUUUGAAAUGUUUUAUCCAAAGCUGGUCCGAUAAGAUGAUUCUAUUACUGCAAUAGUUUGGAGAUGAUUGUAUGUCUUCAACCAUCAUUAAUAAGGGUCUAAACUAGAGUUACCGCAAUUAAGAUGUAUUAUAUUUAGUCCUUUAUACUAAAAUUUGUUUGGAAAUAUGUAAUAAAGACCCCCUUCAACUAUGGUCCAUGACCUGCACUCUUAGACCACAAUGUUGACAUUAUGCCAUGUGUGCCUUGUGCUCGGUUUUCAUCGGUUUUUUCCCAGAAUACUUUGCUGGUGACUUCUGACUACAAAGACUUCUUUGUGCUUCAUGAACUUUAAACUGGUGGAAUAAAUGUGAUUUAUUCUACUCUAA